AUGUUCUCAAAAUAUGACAAACUGAAGAGCAAGAUGUUCUCAAAAUAUGACAAACUGAAGAACAAGAGGUUCUCAAAAUAUGACAAACUGAAGAGCAAGAUGUUCUCAAAAUAUGACAAACUGAAGAGCAAGAUGUUCUCAAAAUAUGACAAACUGAAGAGCAAGAUGUUCUCAAAAUAUGACAAACUGAAGAGCAAGAUGUUCUCAAAAUAUGACAAACUGAAGAACAAGAGGUUCUCAAAAUAUGACAAACUGAAGAGCAAGAUGUUCUCAAAAUAUGACAAACUGAAGAGCAAGAUGUUCUCAAAAUAUGACAAACUGAAGAGCAAGAUGUUCUCAAAAUAUGACAAACUGAAGAGCAAGAUGUUCUCAAAAUAUGACAAACUGAAGAGCAAGAUGUUCUCAAAAUAUGACAAACUGAAGAGCAAGAUGUUCUCAAAAUAUGACAAACUGAAGAGCAAGAUGUUCUCAAAAUAUGACAAACUGAAGAGCAAGAUGUUCUCAAAAUAUGACAAACUGAAGAGCAAGAGGUUCUCAAAAUAUGACAAACUGAAGAGCCAAAAAACGUAG